GUCAAAAUAUUGCUGUUGUUAUUAUUAGUAUUUUAUUAAUAUCCUAAUAUUAGUCACAGUGCGUCGUAAUUACGUUACAGCGUCCCCGUCCCCCUCGUAGCCGUCCCGAGCCGCCAUGGCCACUACGCACGCUUUCUGCGCACACGCCACCGUGCUGUCCUUUGUUCCUCAUUCAUAAAGCGGCUUCACGAGCACGGGGAUGUGUCACCGUGAACCCCUCGCACGGAAAGGACCGCUGGCCCUUUAAGGGUUAUGUAGCAGGGCUAACUGAUGUAGGACGAGCCGACCGUGCGUUUCUCUGCUCGAGCUCCCGCUGCCAUCCUCGUCAUGGCCUCCGUACACCCGCCACCGACACCACCACCGAGGAUGAACCGACCAGCCAUCGACCCUUCCCUUCCCGGAGCGGAGACGGACGUCAAGCCGAAGCAGAGGCACCGGUAGAGGCGAGCCGCGCCGGGGAGAGCCGCCUCACAUCCAAAUGCCACCCCGGUUUCCUCAUCCAUGCCUUCGUUUAAAGCCAAGUACAGCUAUACGAUAAAGAGGGGUGCGAACCCGGGCGGCGGCGGCGGAAACAUGACAACGGACAAGGAUUAUUCUCUUAAUCUGUCGGUGCAGCAAGUGCUGAGCCUUUGGGUGCAAGGCUCGGCGCUGCACCACUUCACAGAGAUGUGGUACUGGGUCUUCCUGUGGUGUCUCUUCUCCUCGCUCUUCGUCCACGGGGCGGUGGGGCUGCUCAUGUUAGUCAUGCUGCAGCGCCACAAGCGGGGACGCCUCAUCACCCUGGUGCUGGUCAGCGUGGGUUUCCUGGCCUCGCUCUCCGGAGGUGUCAUCACUAGCGCGGCCGUGGCGGGCGUUUACCGCGUGGCGGGGAAAGGCAUGGCACCGCUGGAGGCGCUGGUGCUCGGCGUGGGCCAGACCACCCUCUCCGUCGUCAUAUCCUUCUCGCGGAUCCUGGCCACGCUGUGAAGAAAACCCAUGACGGGGUGAAAGCGGGCAAACCGAGCCGGGCAGAGACUUUAGGCCUGCUUUUAUGGAAGGACAUGAGGCACAAGUCCUCUGGACCUUUUGAGGGCCGGAUCCAGGGUAGAGCGCCCCCCCCCCAGCGUCUCUGCACUGUGCAGGAAGGUCGUCAUCGUGUCAGAGAGCAGCGCCGGGCAGAGGCUCGGCCUCAGCUUCUGGACCUGAAAGCCAUGUUUCUGAGUUUCCAGAGUUAUGCCACUUCUUCGUGCCAAAAGCCUUCUCUGUGAAAACAGCAAGCCUCGGUGGCCGACUGACUCUCAAAGGCUUUCUGUUGAACUUUUGAGGGAGGAGGAAAAAAAAUCUAUUUUUUAAACAGCGACCUGUAAUCGUGAGCUGAUGAUCUUUGGCGAUCGGAACAAAAGUUCGGCAAACAAACAAAAGAACAGCAGUGUCCAUCAGCAGUAAAACACCUUCAUCAGUAUUGAACCGCCGCCGCGCCUCUAGGCCUGCAUACAGCUUCUCGCUCCUUCUCCUGAGAUGGCUCGAAAGCCGCAGCAUCCGACUCACGAGCAGGAAGAAGCUUUGAAUUUUUGCACUUUGUAAAUGUUGGCGAAGUGGCAGAGGAAAACCAGCAUGUGAUGAUCGAUUUUAAAGCGUGCCAACAACAACUCUGAGCGGAGUCAGAGGAGUAGUUUGGGGAGUGUGUUUAUUGGCUUUCUUCCACAGACAGAGAGAGAGGAUGAGAUCAAUGUCACUCUGAUGUCUUUACUGUAAACAAAGGUGGAGCCGGGAGACAGUAAAGUUAUCUACCUGCAUCUGAUUUAUCUCUAUUAAACAAUAUAACAUAACAUAAUAUAACAGGACAUAAUGAUAAUCGAGUUGCAGGAAUUUGCUGUAAUAAUAAAAAUAUUUUCAUUCGAAAAGUUGGAAAAGAACCAGAUUAGAGAAAAGAAACGGAAAUUUGACCAUCCAGUAUUUCCAGUGUGUGUGAGGCAAAAGUAGGUGUACCUGUGCUGUCAGUAUGCAGGUUUUACGCCCAUGAGCAGCAGUAAAGGCAGCUAAGCGUUCCUGUAAUCAUCGAUCAGUCCUGCGCAUCAACUCGGAGGGGUUUUUAGCCCAUUCUUCCGUACAGGAGCGUUCAGACUCUGAGAUUGCGGCGCGUUUCCUCGUGUGAACGCCUCGCUUCAGGUCUUACUUCGGUCAGGGAUUGUAUUUUCAACACAUGACCUUUAUUUUUCUUUGAUCCUUCUUUGAGGUUCAGAUCACGCACGCCUUCCUGCUGAGAGGCAGCGGGCCAGGCUCAAACCUUGACACCCCUCUUACAUUUUACCCUCUAACUUCCCUACCCCUGCUCUAACGUGUUUGAUAGAUCCCCUUUGUUUAAAUAAAUACACCUGAUUGGCAUCCUGUUGACUGAAAACAUCCUUAGCUUCAUAUUCACGGUACAGACAUCAGAGGGGCAUCAUCAAAACUUUUAGCAAGAAGGCUAAUAAACGGUUUGUUGAACAAAACAGGAGCCGUCUGUAAUAGGGAGUGAUUUGGUUUGGCUCUUUAUAGAUUAAUUCUUCCUUAUUCAGGGUAAGAGGAGUAAAGGUGCGUCAGCAUUGAAAAGGGUCACUUUGCUGCUUGAGAAUCAGCAUAUUCCCAGAGAAAUCGCUCCGAGUGAGUCUGUGAGUCCUGCAGGUGCAGAUUUUCUGGAGCCCCGGUCCUCCUCGGCUCACCGUAGUGCUGCUUAUGUCUGCACUGUUUCAGUAUAAACUCCCCGUGGAAAGCCAUCCUUCCCUCCCCGGAGAAGGUCACAGAUUGUGCUGCUCUGAUUUAUUUUCUUCUUCUUCUUCUUCUUCUUCUUUUAUUCUAUGCCUACUUUUUUCUUUAUUGUUUUGUUUAUGAACCCAUGCUCCUUAAGUUUAACUUUGCACGUUGCACUGACUUUAAUCUGCCUUGUUUUAGAUCAGUGUGCAUUGACCCGAUGCUAUACACACGCAGACACAGAUUAUGAUGAUGAAGAUGAUGCUUUGGAAAAAACAAAAUAAUGUGAAGACUGUGCUCGAAGUUACUGUAUGUAGAUGCCAGACACAGGCGGUGCCGAAGAAAGUUCAACUUUGCCCAAACCUUCACCCAGGAGGUCGAAAUACCAAAGUAUCGCUCACAGUCUAGCUUUACUCAUCCCGUUUUCUCAUCUUACUGACGUCAACAUAAAGAGUUAGUGGUUUUAUGUACUUUUUAGGGACAUUUGCACAUUCAAAAAUAUGCUCGUGCUGAUUUUUAUUUCUUUUAUUUUUUUGCGGUUUUGUGGCUCUGAAGGUAAAUUAUGUAAUGAUGUAACAGUUUACUUUCACUACCAGCUCAGCACACAAGAGGGCGAUAUUGCACUGGAAUGAAGUAGCAGCAGGAGCCUGAAUGCCUGUGAGAUGAUUGUGGGGUUUGGAAAUAUUGAACAAAAAAAAAAGGUAAAUGACCUGAAGCCCCUCCCCCUGUUUAUUUUCCCCCUGUACCACUGGGUUGCUCUGCACGUGGUCUGCACCGCCCGUUUGAAUGUGUAAGCUCAGCCUUCAGGGACCAAUCGUGACUCACCUGCUGUCGGUGAAAUCUGUUUCUGCGGGCACUUUGUGCAUGUUCGUAUGCGGCUCACAGGAGACUGAUGAGCAUCGUUGUCGCCGUGUUCGGUGUCGGUCUGAGCAGUCGUGCUUGUGACUAGAAUAAAAGGAUUUCCAUGUGUUUUCUUUCAUUGCGCUGGUGGUCGGAGAAGGGGUGUGAGGACCUACUACAAGUGACAGCAGUUUUACUGUCUUUACAUAAAGUGGGUUUUUUUAUGUGGCGAUUUAAACUGCAAGAAUGGACUCGAUGCUGUCAGAUCUGCACAUCCAGAGCUGUACAUAGCCGCAGUGUGCUUCAUAAACAAACUAACCGCUGAAUAGCAUUCGCACCCGGGGCCAUUACUGGUCAUGACGGAUAUAUGUGUGUGUUUUUCCGCUCCAGGUUCUGUGAUUGAGCCGUGUGACCGUGAGUGUGCGUUGUAAUAUCUAAAGGAGACACCCAGCAACUAAUAAUCCCCUCUAGACUUUUAAAAAAGUAACGCCAUCACGCUGCAGGAAGACACCCAGCUCAAUAAUCCUGUCUCUUUCAAUAGGCUUAUGAUAGAAGCUGCACCCACCAUUCGUACCAACACAGCCACCACCUCAAGUCUGCUGUUGCCCAAAUGCCACAAAUACCGCCCCCCUCUCUUCCCAACCCCGAACACAUACUGUGUACCCGCCGCUGUGGCUGCAUGUGCAACGCAGCUCAGGUAACAUGUGAAUGGACUAACAUGGACAAUCCACCCAGAGACAAAGCUGUACAUAAAACCCAAAGUGGCACUUCUCCUGUAGAUAAUGUACAAUAUCUUCUUUUUUAAUUUUGUACCAGCCAAACUGCUGAUAUUUAUAACUAUUGCCUAUUUAUGUACAAACUGUUCUCCUGUACAUACUCAGCAGGCGGUUGAAAUAAAAAUCUUUUGCAGCAUAAAAA